GAGCAGCCGUGCGUCAGAGAGAGACUUGGAGACUCUGCAAACUUUCCUGAUCAAAAUAAACCCCAGCCCUGAAUCAGACACCGGGAGAAGGGAGGGCGGGGGAGAGCCACUUCCUGAGCGCGCUCGCUCCCUUCUCCUCGGGAGCAGGAGCUGCGGUGCCUGCCCUGCGACCCCCUUCCCGUCCCUUGCCCCUCGCCACGCUCAUCUUCAGUGCCGUCUCCCUUGGGGACAGCUGCAAAGAUUUGGUAGCCUUCUGUCCCCACGACCUGGGGCUUCCAGUGCUCUUUUUUUGGCGAAGUGGGAGGGGAAAGGCCACAACUCCGGCCGCUCGCUGGGACCCCGCAUCUCUUUGGGAGAGUCCGAGAUUGGGCGCGUAACUCUUGCGCGCGGGGAUCUACCUCCUCUCCGCCUCGCUGUGGACUGAGCGGAUGCCCAGCGGCGACCCUCGGGACCGACUCCUCUUGGCACCUCGAGAUACAGCCAAGUGGUGAAAGAGAAACUUUCGGGCGCGUUUUCCAGCCGUCUCCAGUGCAGCAGCAUGAAAUCGGCGGAGGAAGAACAUUAUAACUAUGCAUCUUCCAAUAUAAGUUCGAGUUUGCCUCUAAGUUUGGCACAUCCUUCAUUGUCAACUCCAUGUCAUGGCCUUCAGACAUCUAAUCCAGUCAUUUCGAUUGUCCCAUCAACUAAUCAUCCUUCGGGAUAUGGAGGGCAUGCUGACAGUGGCACCGCUGGAUAUUAUCUGUCGCCAAAUGUCAGAUCUAAUGGAGUGCCAGCUCUAGAAAGCCCUAGAAUUGAAAUAACUUCUUACUUAGGACUGCAUCACAACAACAACCAGUUCUUCCAUGAGGCUGAGGUUGAGGAGGCCAUCCCAAAUGCGAAGAGGUCACCUUCUACAGCCACUCUCAACUUACCAAACAUUGAGGCCUAUAGAGACCCAUCAUGCCUGAGCCCGGCAAGCAGUUUGUCUUCCAGAAGUUGUAAUUCAGAGGCAUCUUCCUAUGAAUCCAAUUACUCUUAUCCCUAUACUUCUCCUCAGACCUCUCCUUGGCAGUCUCCGUGUGUAUCACCUAAGACCACUGACACUGAGGAGGGGUAUCAACGCAGCAUGGUAGCCUGCACGUUACUCAAUUCACCUAGACAUUCUCCUUCUGGAUCUCCCAGAACAAGCAUUACUGAGGAAAAUUGGGUGAGUGGUCGCAACUCUAGGCCCUCUUCCCCGUGUAACAAGAGAAAAUAUAGUUUGAAUGGCAGGCAGACUUCCUACUCGCCGCACCACUCUCCGACACCCUCUCCUCAGAGUUCUCCAAGAGUUAGUGUGACUGAUGAGACCUGGCUGGGAAACACUAACCAGUACACCAGUUCGGCCAUUGUUGCAGCUAUCAAUGCCCUUACCACUGACAGCACAAUAGACAUGAAUGACGGGAUUCCUAUCAAAUCCAGGAAAACGGCAAUAGAUCACACCCCUUCCAUGACACUCAAGACUGAACCAAGUGGCGAGGAUCAUGGGACCAUCUCACCAACAGCUGACUUGUCACCAGAAGAAUUUCCUGGAUUCCAGCACAUCAGGAAAGGAAACUUCUGUGAUCAGUAUCUCUCGGUGCCACAGCAUCCUUAUCAGUGGGCCAAAUCAAAGCCGUUGUCUCCAACGUCAUACAUGAGCCCCUCUUUGCCUGCUCUGGAUUGGCAGUUGCCGUCUCACUCAGGACCUUAUGAACUUCGGAUUGAAGUGCAGCCCAAGUCCCAUCACAGAGCCCAUUAUGAAACAGAAGGGAGUCGAGGGGCUGUGAAGGCAUCGGCCGGAGGACAUCCAAUGGUGCAGCUACACGGUUACUUAGAAAGUGAACCGCUCACGCUACAGCUGUUCAUUGGUACUGCAGACGACCGCCUGCUGCGACCCCACGCUUUCUACCAGGUUCACCGGAUCACUGGGAAAACCGUUUCUACUACCAGCCACGAAACCAUACUUUCUAACACUAAAGUCUUGGAAAUUCCACUUCUACCUGAAAACAACAUGAGAGCAAUCAUUGACUGUGCUGGAAUACUGAAACUUAGAAAUUCAGACAUUGAACUGAGGAAAGGAGAAACUGAUAUUGGAAGGAAGAACACCCGCGUUCGUCUGGUCUUCCGUGUUCACAUUCCCCAGCCCAACGGGAGAACUCUUUCUCUGCAAGUAGCAUCUAACCCAAUUGAAUGCUCUCAGAGAUCUGCUCAGGAACUGCCUUUGGUGGAGAAGCAAAGUGUUGAUAGCUAUCAUGUGAUGGGCGGGAAAAAAAUGAUCCUGAGUGGACACAACUUUCUUCAAGACUCCAAAGUAAUUUUUGUGGAAAAAGCUCCAGAUGGUCAUCAUGUGUGGGAAAUGGAAGCCAAAAGUGACAAAGAGCUGUGUAAGCCAACAUCGUUGGUGAUAGAGAUACCGCCAUUCCGCAAUCAGAGAAUUACAAGUCCUGUCCAGGUUAAUUUCUAUGUCUGCAAUGGAAAGAGAAAGAGAAGCCAGUGCCAGCUUUUCACCUACCUUCCUGCUAAUGUCCCAAUUAUAAAAACAGAACCCACUGAUGACUAUGAGCCUGCUCAAACCUGUGGACCAAGGAACCAAGGAUUAAAUCCUCUCUCCAAACCAUACUACAGCCAGCAGAUCAUGAUGCCUCCUGAUCCUGGCUCGUGCCUUGUGGCUGGCUUCACUUCCUGUCAGCAGAGAAACACUGUGAUGUCAUCAUCUCCCAGCUCAAGUCCCAAGCUGCAGGACCUUUCCACUCCCGUUUACAAGUGCAUCACCAACCCAGGCCACAGUCACCUAGGACUUCAGCAGACCGCUGGAGGGAUCCCCACCAUGCAGGAAGUGCCAAGGUCUAUAGUUGUGCACCCAAGCUCUCCAGAUCAAGCAUCUCACAUCAUGCUGCAGCCGCAGGUGAGUCAACAUCUGAGCAGUAGCUGUUCCCUUGGUUACCAACAAACACUCUAUCCCAACAGUCCCUCCUCUCCAGUUCCAUCUGUAACCCAAGAGCCAACCUUUUUGCAGUCCUGCAGUCCAACUCGCUCAUCCAUAAUGGGUCAGCAGCAACUGCCGAAUGUUCAAAGAAAUGAAUCUCCAGCAAAUCAGCCACUGUCGUUGCCCGAGUUGCAUGAGGACAAUAAUCAUAAUUUGGCCCCUAUUCCUGUAACGAUCAAGCGUGACCCUGAGGAAUUGGACCAGUUGUACCUGGAUGAUGUAAAUGAAAUAAUAAGGAAUGAUCUCUCCAGCACCAACGUCCAUUCGUAGCUGGCCAUCUAGAAAUGCUUGCUGUUUUAAGCUUAACUGAGACGUCGGCGUCAGAUAAACUGAAGAUAAUCCCUGGUACCUCCCUGCUCUUCCAGUUUCUUGAACAUUUGGAACUGACAGUUACCUCUUUUGUGUGUUUGCGUAUAACAAAAGAAAUUCACUGGCUGGCUUCAACCAGAAAAAUGCCUUCUUCAGAGAAAAUCAUCUCAAGGCGAAUGGAGGAAGCAAGAUGGCGUGUUUCGUUGGUUGAAAGGGAUGCAACUGUGACUCACUGAUUGCAGAAUCUGCCCCCCCCCCCCCUUUGGCUCUACUAGACAAUGAUCCUUGAAGUGCCUUCUUUUGUUAACUUGCAGUAUCAGGACAUUUUACUGGCAGCUUUGAAUUUGCUGCCAUCUAAAGUAUUUCUAGGCACAGAAACUAUACACCAUUUAAUGCUGGUAUGUCAAAAAAAAUCUAUUGAAAGUAAAAUACCUGUCUAAAUGCCAGGAUUUAUUCACCUUUCCCUUUUGAAUUGUAUUUUACACCUUGUUGCCUUAUUCCCGAUGCAUUUUUAAAAAAAAAUCCAGAUAGUCAUCUCAGCUGUAGAUUCUUCAGCCUAACCAUGGUCAGUGCUUAUGAGUCGUAGCUAUUGUUAUUGUAUUAGCAUGCCGAUAUUUGGGCUCAAAUCGGCUUCAAAUACAGCACAAGGGAACUGAAUAGCACCAAAAAAAGGGUUGAUGGACAAAAUCAUGGACAUCGAGUUCUUCCUCAAACAAUGUAUGUGUAUGCAUGUACAAACUAGCUUAGAUGCUUAUAUAAUAUAUAUAUUUAUAUAUGGCAGGUAUACCUGGUUGCCUUGUAAAGGCUUUUAAUUCAGCAAUAUGUGUCUGCUUCUGAGAAUGCAGUCCACAUCCCAAGCAACAGCUCUUGAUAUUUCUGUGUUGUGGGUGUCCUGUUAAGACAAGUUUUCUUUCCUCAUGCUGAUAAGCAAGCACUUUAGACAGCCAACAUGGAUGCAUAUGGCAUAUGUAUUAAUUACCAAAUGACAAAAGAGGAGUUAAAGUAAUUGUACAUACUGUUAAUCAAAGAAUGUAAAAUAUUUGUUCAAUUAUGAUAUUAUUAUUCCACUGAAGCCUUGUAAGCCUCUGCUACAUGUACCCCAAAUAUUACCAAAAACCAAAUGUUUUGAUAUGCAGCGCUGUAUGAUAUGUUUUCUGAUUUAGCUUUGGGUAUAAAACUUGGCAUGCACUGUAGCCUUUAGCAUUGUAUUUUGUAUCAUCGUCAAGUAUACUAUAUAGCUAGCAACUGCCUAUUAUUUCUCAUAAGCAGCAAGAAAGCAUGGCUUCAUUUUUAAAGCAUUUAACGUGAAUAUUGUGCCUUAGGAAAGAUGUGUGAACUACACCUCCCUAACUAAGGUGGUGACAAAUUAAGUGCAGUGUACAGUUUAUACAAACUCAACAGGUUUCACAAAAAGGUGAAACAGUCCUAACCAUUUAGAAUUAUUACUCUGUACAAUUAGGUCUUACUUCCUUUAUAACAAACAAGAAGCCAUAUUUGUAACUUUUUGCACAUUACUGUGAAAAACAUAAGAAUAUAUAAUAUGGCUGUAUGUAAAUAUUAUUGUUACUCAAUCUCCAGAUUGGCUGUUGUCUCCCAGCUCCGUAGCAGCAUGUAUUUACCCUGUACUUAGCUUUGUAUAAGUUGCAUGCAUUUUCUUCUAUUCUGCCAUGCUAUUAAAAGAAAUUGACAAAUUUCUGCGGAACUUGUAGCUAGACAAUAGAUCUAAUAAAGCACAACUUUCCAUUGAAAGCUAGUUUUAGAGUGGUUCAUCGUUUCACUCUUGGGGCGGGGGACUCAUGAAACAAUAAGCUUUUGUGAGAUACGUUAAUAUCUAUGUUCUGUAUACUGUAGGCAGUGCCAGUUCAACUCACUUUCCCGUGUAAUAUAAUAAUUCUGCUGUUUCUGUACAACUUCUUACAGUAGGGACUUGUGCAGAAGCAAUGCUCAGUGGAUUAUUACCCCCCCCCCCUUUUUUUUUCUUGAUGUAUCCUGCCAAGCAAAAUUGCUCUUUUUCAUGUUUUUCUACAUUUAAAAGAUGUAGUUUCCAAGGGGAAAAAAGGAUAUUCAAUGUGAUUCUCAGAUGUUCAGUUCUCUCGCUCUCUGCUUCUGAAAUGUCAAUAGAGUGUGAAUGUAGGAACUUCUGAGUAUGCCAAAGGAUUUUUGACUCAGAUACAGAAUUAUCUUGGGUGAGGCCCUGACCACACAUGCACCCAAAUUUGCUGUUCAGCAAUAACCUUAGCCAGAUAAUGAUAUGUAUUGUUCCCAGUAUGUCGCAACUCCUUCCUCGUCGUUGGUUUUUAUUUUCUUCUUUAAGCUGUCUGGAAACGUGUUGCAUUCAAACCUAACUCUAAAAUACUAUGCAUUGCUUGUAUAUGUAUUCAUGAAUAAAAACGAUCAGAAACAUAUCUCUGAUAAGAAUUUUA